AUGAUAAAUGAGGCCCGGGCUGCGUCGGGAACGCGGCGGCGGCGGCGGCCGCGAGGGGCGCGCAGGGCGGGGCGUACAGCCCGCACCCCCUCCCAGCGCCCCGGGAAGGGCGAGGACGCUAAGGACAGUGGCCGACGGGCGCAAUCCAAGGCCCGCACUCCCCUCUCGGCGCUCUGCGCCGCCUCGAUGCGAGCGGAGAGGAGCCAGGCAAAGGAGCGCCCCCAACACCAGGGCCUACGCGAAGACCCCCUCCUCGCGACGGCACGGCCCUCCCUCCGCAUCCCGGGCCCAAGUGCCUCGGUCCCCACCGUGCCCUCGCCCGCGCCUCAAACCUAUUAA